AUGUCGCGGAUUAACAUCACGCUAGCACCGGAGAGUGAAGUGUCACGAUUUACUCUCCAAGAGAUUAUAAGUAAGACGAAUACAUCAAUCAUCCAGGCUGCUAUAGAGAAAUCGAUUCAAGGAGCGCGAUCUGUAGUAAUUAAACGGCAUUUACUUGAUAUGAAUAACAAAGAGGUAGUGAUGGAGUAUUCCCAAGCGCUGAAGUUGUUACAGUUAUGUGAGCAUGUCAACAUCGUUCGGAUCUACAACUGUUUUUUCUGUUACUUUGGAGGAAGUUUACAAUUUUGGAUCAUCAUGGAGUCGUGUACGCAGCGCGACCUCUCGAAGUUCAUGUCGACCACAAACUCCUUUGGUAACAAUGAACAGAUGCAAUUCUUCAUGUGUGACAUAUCAUAUGCAUUUGAAUAUCUCACAAAGAAUUGUUCACUUUUUCAAUACUCAUUAACUCCAGAAAACUUAUUAUUAACACGGGACCCGAGUAGUCCUAUUCCUUUACUUAAACUUUCUAAUAUCUUUUCGUUGACUACGGACUUGGAGGAACUGUUUUAUAAAAACUGUUACUUUAACCCUCCGGAAUAUAAAGUGAAGAAGGUGUACGACAACUCCGUUGUGUGGUCGAUUGGUGUGAUCUAUUACAUGUUGAUCUUUGGAAAGCAUCCUUUAGACGAUGGGCGGAGUGACUUAAUGAAGAGUGUUAUUAAUAACAAACCAAUUUUAUUUAAGACUACCAGUGACUCCCUCUUCGACGACUUAAUUCGGAAGAUGUUGGUCUACGAUCCUAACAAAAGAAUCUCUUUGGACGAAUUCUUCCUUCAUCCCUUUGUCGAGAAGUGUCGUAAAAUCAAGUGGGGGAAAGAGUCCGACCCAUCGAUCUAUAGUCCUAUUCGUGUAGUAGGGAAGGGGAACUAUGGGACUGUCAUGUAUGGUCUUCGUGUUAUUGGGGGUGAUAAGACGCCGGUAGCAAUCAAAGAGAUUCCAUUUGUUGGGCGCGAUUCUAUUAUACGAGAAGCACGUGUGAUGCGGAUGUGUAAGCACCCCAAUUUGGUUGAUUAUUUCGAUUACUUUGAGCUUCCGUAUUCAAUCUCACAAGGGGGAAAAAGUGGGAAAUACAGUUAUCUUGUGAUGGAAUACUGUGACAGAGGGACUCUUGAAACAUAUUUAAAAGCAAAGAAGAGACCAUUAAAUGACGUCGAGAUCAAACACUUCUUUGCCGACAUCUGUGGCGGGUUGUGGUAUUUACACUUCAAUAAACACGUUUUACACCGCGACUUGAAGCUUGAAAAUUUCCUCUUAAAAACACCGACACAAACAAAUCAACGACUUCCUCGUGUGAAAAUAGCGGACUACGGCUUCUCUCGUAUUUUUGGAACCGAAUCCGAAUUUUUUAAAAGUGGCGUUGGAACCCCAAUUUUCGCUUCACCCGAAAUAUUGAAUGAAAAGAAUUAUACCGUCAAGUCGGACUUAUAUAGCGUCGGUGUCAUCUUAUAUGUCAUGGCAACAGCACAAUUUCCUUUUGGAGAAAGCGAAGAGAUCUUCUGGAAAAAUAUGAAAGAACAAAAACCUCUAAGCUUCCCUUCAGAAGUUAAACUCGACGAAUCACUGAAAGACUUGCUCCAGAGACUUAUUACAUAUAGCGAAGUGGAAAGAUGUAGUUGGGAACAAUUCUUCGAACACCCCUAUGUAAAAAGUGCUUUACCAAUGUACUCAAUGCCAACUAACAACGAUAUUAUUCACUUCAAGCAAUCCGAAAUGGACUUAAUGUAA